AUGGAUCGCAAAAGAGUUCGUGACAUUAAUCUCACCUCUGCUGAAAUAGCACGGACUGCAGUUGAGGCAAACAACAGUGCUUGGUUGAUAUUUCCAAGUAUGGUGCACUGUGAACCACACAGACAAAUCUCAUGGGCUGAGUUUCAAUAUGUUAUUGAUGAGUGGGGAGAUAUAUUUUUUGAAAUUUCUGAUGAUGAAAACAUCUUGCAAGAUCGUGGUGCAAGUAACCCUGUGAAUGCUUUAUUUGGGAUGGAUAUCCCACUAUAUGAGAACAAAUGGAUAUAUGAUGCUGAAUAUGACAUUUCUGAGAGUGGUUUUAGGGAUGAAAUUUCUUUUCGUGAUGAUUACUUUGAGUUGGAGGGUUCUGAAAUUUUCGAUAUCCCAGUUGACUGGGGAAGGCCAGAUACUUCCAGAUCGUUGGAGGGUUCUGAAAUUUUCGAUAUCCCAGUUGACUGGGGAAGGCCAGAUACUUCCAGAUCGGUUCAUCCAGUUUAUUUUGGAAAAUGUUUGGCAAAGGUGAUUACUGCUUGGCCUGGUAGCUAA